UCCCCGGAGCAGAAGCGUCAGCCUUACCUUUGGGCCGCGGCCCUGUGACGUUUGGCCCAGGGUUUGGGGUCUCUCCCAUCUGCUCUGUAAAUCCGUCCUCAGCUCUCUGGGCGUGGUCGGCCACUGCGCGGGAGGAGGGCGUGAGGGCUCGAGCUCAGUGCACCUAGGAUCGUCCUAGCUGAGGGCGCAGGCCUGGUGGCAAGGCGUAGGGGCGUGUUGGGGUGAACGCAGAGCGUUCCCUCGCCUGACUUCAUUUCCCUGAACGACAUUAACCACCGCCUAAGGUACACACAGACCUGCCGAGUGGGAAGGUGCCCUCCGAGCUGACUUACACCUCCUGUUUCCUCUACAUGACAAAGAAAGACUUGAAAAAUGGUUAAAGAAUAUGAAACGAGAUUCCUGGGUUCCCAGUAAAUACCAGUUCCUGUGUAGUGACCAUUUUACUCCUGACUCUCUUGACAUUAGAUGGGGUAUUCGAUAUUUGAAACAAACUGCAAUUCCGACAAUAUUUUCUUUGCCUGAAGACAAUCAGGAAAAAGACUCUUCCAAAAAAAAAUCUCAGAAGAAAAAAUUGGAAGAUGAGAAAGAAGUGUGCCUAAAAGCCAAGUCAGAAGAAUUAUUUGCAUCAAAUGAGCCAAAGAAAAAUAUAGUUAACACAGAUGUCAUCCCUGAACAUGCAGAAUUAAUUGAUUCAUCUGCUGUGGUGGAGCCACCAGUUGCAAAAACAGAAAGUAUCCAAAAUAACAUAUUAACUCUUAAUCUAGUUAAACAAGAUACUGGAAAACCAGAAUCUAUCUUGGAAACAUCAGUUAACCAAGACCUAGGUAUAGGUGGUUUUCACACAUCUUUUGAGAACCUGAAUUCCACAACUAUCACUUUGACAACUUCAAAUUCAGAAAGUAUUCAGCAGUCUUUGGAAACCCAAGAAGGUCAAGAAGGUCUCGAAAUAACUACCAAUCAUCCUGCUAAUCCCAACAUUACAAAUAAUUCCAUGGAAAUUAAGUCAGCACAGGAAAAUCCAUUCUUAUUCAGCACAAUUACUCAAACAGUUGAAGAAUUAAACACAAAUAAAGAAUCUGUUAUUGCCAUUUUUGUACCCACAGAAAAUUCCAAACCUACAAUUAAUUCUUUUAUACCUGCCCAAAAAGAAACUGUGGAAAUGGAAGACAUUGACGAUGAAGAUUCCUUAUAUAAGGAUGUAGACUAUGAGACGGAAGUUUUACAAAUUGAACAUUCUUACUGCAGACAAGACAUAAAUAAGGAACAUCUUUGGCAGAAAGUGUCAAAGCUACAUUCAAAGAUAACUCUUCUUGAGCUACAAGAACAACAAACUCUAGGAAGAUUGAAGUCUUUGGAGACUCUUAUAAGGCAGCUAAAACAGGAAAACUGGUUGUCUGAAGAAAAUGUCAAGAUUAUAGAAAACCAUUUUACAACAUAUGAAGUUACUAUGAUAUAAAGAGGUUGUAAAGCUAUGACUUAUAUAAGCUUUUUGCAGCCAAACCAAAUUAUAUGUAAAGUAAACUUAUUCCUGUAUAAAGUUCUCAUCUUAAGCUAAGAAAUGUUAUGAACUGCAUCCCGUUCUUGUAAUGCGUAUUUUUGAGAAAAACUAGAAUAUUGUUGAGCUGUAGAGAAAAAGUUUCAUUACUUGAUAAUUUUCCAAAUUAAAGUUAAAAUAUAGUAAAUAAAUAAUAUUAUUAAAUCAUAAAAUGAGAGAACACAUAUGGUAAAAUGAGCCCAGAAUAGAAGUCAGGCUUAGAAAUCAGUCCUGGUUCUACCAUUAGCAUGUGACUUUGGCAAGUUACUUAUCAAGAUGGAGCUUCAGUCUCUAAUCUGUAAAAAAAAGAGCACUUUCUAGGUCUCUAACAUAGUCUGUUUCUUUAUAGUUCCUUCCCUUUCUGGUAAGAUACUUUUAAUAGAACAAAUUUACUAUAAGAUAAUUCAUACUUACAUAAUACUAAACGUUGGCAG